AUAAACGUAAUAAUUAGUUUCAGUUCCAUUCUAACGAGUGUCAAUAGUGGUGUUUGUUUUCAAUUAAUAAGAAUUUUUCUAAUUUAAUUUCUAUUUUGGAAAAAUUCUUAAUAAAAAAAAACUUUUCAAUUGUUAACCCAAACAAGAUUUCAAAUCAACCAAAUUUCUUGUCAAGGAUAAGAGGAUAAUGAUUUAAAUCUUUAAUUUAACACGAAAAGGAAAUUAAAGGCGCCUUAAAAUAAAAAAAUUUCAAAGUGUUCAACUUUACAAAAUCGAAUUCUCAAAAUAAGAAUUGAACUUUUUGAAAAGGAACAUAAAAAUUAUAUUAAAAUUCAAAAUUUUAAUUUUCGGUUGUGAAGAAAAUUCUAAAAUCAAAAAUUAAAUAAUAAGAAUUUUUCCUAUAUUGCGUGAAAGAAAAGUCUACUCUAAAAUACUCAAAUUAUUAUUAUUCUUAAGGUGAACGUUUACGCAAAACUAUUAAAUUAAACCGAAAAUAAUUAAGAGAAAAUUUUCUUAUCACAUUAUUUAAGAGAAAUUUUAUUAAAGAAUUUUGAAGAGAAACUUAAUAUAAAGGAAAUAAUAAAAAAAAACAAUAACAAUGUCUUCUGUUAGUCGUUUAUUAAGUAGCAGCGCAGCAGCAACAACAAAAAAUCAGCUUAAUAAAUUCUCUUUAUUAAAUACAAAGCCUUCUGUUAAGGCAACAGCAGCAACAACUACAGCAUGUCGUACAAAAAGCUCUUCAUCAUCAUUUGCAGCAGCACCACCAAUGCUGAAUACAAUUAUUUUAAAUGACAAUUACAAUCAGUCUAACUUAAAUACUCAAUGUGGCGAUAGUAAUAAUAUAAAUGCCGGUUUUUCACAAAAAAUCAUUAAACGUUCAUCCAGUAGUAACAGCAGUAAUUGUACCAGUUCUAUUGGUACAACAACAUCAUCAACAUCAAAUUCGAAUUUAUUAAAUACAAAUUUAAAUAAUAAUAAUAACAAUAUUGAAACAAACGCACGCAAUAUGGCAACUACAAGUGGAAAUUGUUAUAAUGUCAGUGUUGAUAAUAUUAAUCCAAAUUUCAUUGUUAUGGAAUAUGCUGUUCGUGGACCAUUAGUUAUUAGAGCUGGUGAAAUUGAAAAAGAAUUACAAGCUGGCAAGAAAAAGCCUUUCAAUCAAGUAAUUCGUGCAAAUAUCGGUGAUGCUCAUGCUAUGGGUCAAAAGCCAAUCACUUUCUUAAGACAAGUAUUGGCUUUAGUAACACAACCAGCUUUAUUAGAUUCAGGUGAUUUCCCUGAGGAUGCAAAAAAACGUGCCAGAGAUUUAUUAGCAGCUAGUGCUGGUAAUUCAUUUGGUUCAUAUACUGAUUCAUGCGGUAUUGAAUUGAUACGUCAUCAAGUUGCUGAUUAUAUUGAAAGACGUGAUGGUGGUAUUAAAGCUGAUUGGAAUAAUAUUGUUUUAACUGCUGGAGCUACUGCCGGCAUUAAAGGAUUACUUUGCCUAUUGAACUGUGAAGUGAAUGGUAAAAAACCAGGUGUUAUGAUUCCUAUACCACAAUAUCCAUUAUAUUCGGCAACAUUAGCUGAAUAUGGCAUGACACAAGUUAAUUAUAUGUUAGAUGAAUCAAAUAAUUGGGCAUUAAAUACUGAUGAAUUAGAACGUGCAUUAAAAGAGGGUAAUAAAACAAGUAAUGUACGUGCUCUAUGUAUUAUUAAUCCAGGAAAUCCAACUGGUCAAGUAUUGACACGUGAAAAUAUUGAAUCAAUUAUUAAAUUUGCUCAUAAACAUAAAUUAUUUUUGUUUGCUGAUGAAGUAUAUCAGGAUAAUAUAUAUGAUAAAGAUUCAAAAUUCUUUUCAUUUAAAAAAGUUAUGUCAGAAAUGGGUGCACCUUAUAAUCAAAUGGAAUUAGCUAGUUUUAUGUCAACAUCAAAAGGUUAUUUAGGUGAAUGUGGUAUACGUGGCGGUUAUAUGGAAAUAUUAAAUGUUUGCCCAGAAGUUAAAAAAAUGUUAUUAAAAUCAAUUUCAGCAUCAUUGUGUCCAACAACAGCUGGUCAAGUUGCUUGCAGUGUAUUGGUUAAUCCACCCAGAGAAGGUGAACCAUCCUAUGAACAAUUUAUUAAAGAGAAGACACAUGUUUUAGGCUCAUUAAAAGAACGUGCUGAAUUAAUACACAAGACUUUUAAUUCCUUUGAAGGUUUCAGUUGUAAUCCAGUACAAGGUGCAAUGUAUGCAUUCCCACAAAUUAAAAUACCACCAAAAGCUAUUGAAGCAGCUAAAAAAGCUGGUAAACCAGCCGAUACAUUUUAUGCUUUUGAAUUAUUAGAAACAAGCGGUAUUUGCAUUGUACCUGGUAGUGGAUUCGGUCAAAAACCCGGAACAUAUCAUUUUCGAACAACGAUCCUUCCACAAACAGACAAAUUAAAAAUAAUGUUGGAGAAAUUCAGAGAAUUCCACGUAGCAUUUAUGAAUAAAUACAAAUAAAUUGAUAGUUCCCUUGUUUAAAUUGUUUUUUUUUUUUCUUAUUAAUUAUUUUCAUACAUCCUAUUGGCUAUUUAGUACAUAAUAAUAAAUUUAAUUGAAUUCUAAAUGUAAAAUUAUCGCGUUAAAUUUUAAAUGAAUUUGAAAAAAAAAAAAAAGAGAAAAUGGAAUUUCUCAUAAUUAUAUAAAUUAAUAAAUUCAUUAGUUAAAAUUUUUAAAAAUAUAAGAACGUGUAUAAAAUAUUUUAAUUUUAAAUUUAGAUUUUUUGUUAAUGAAUAAAAAAAAAUUGAUUAAUUUUUAAAGCGAUUUAUUCAAAAUUUAAUAAUUUUUUAAAGGGUUUAACAUACAUGAUGAUAUGAAUUAGUUUCUAUUCAUUUUCAUAAAUUAAAUAUUUUAAAAAUCAUUCAAUUAUUAUAAUAAAUGUAAUAUUAUUGAUACAGACCAAUAAUAAUGUUCAAAAAAGAAAUGUUCAAUAUUGUAAAAUCUUUGAAUACAAAAAUUUUUGAUAAAUAAAUUUUAAUUGUAUUUUUGUAAAAUAAAAUUUCACAAAAUAAAACUAUAAAACUUAUUAAAAUUAUUGAUGUACCCAUGAAAAUUAUUAAUUUAUAUCAUCAUUUUAUAUAAAAAUGCCUUUUUUAUAUAAAUUAAGCAUUUAAUAAAUUAAUUUGUUUUCUCUUAUCAAUUUGAAUAUUGCCCCCUUUCCCUCCAAAACCAAGCUGUUUUUACAUCCUGCUCCACAGAAAAUAUCAAAUUUGUUUGUUCGAAAAUGAUUAUUUUAUGUAAAAUGAAGACAAUAAUUUUUUAAUUAAAUUUUAAUAAAAUAAAGAAAUUAAAAAAUGAAAAUAUGUAAAUUUUUAUAUUGAAAUAAUAAGAAAACAAAUUUGAAAUAAAAAUCUGCUGAAUUAACAAAAAAAAAAAGAAAAAAAUUCGCGCACUAAUAAUAUUAAUUUUUAUUUAAAAUUUCUUUAAUUUUUUUUUUUUUGCAAAAUGAAAAGGCGAUUAUAAUAGUUAAUAAUUAAGCUUUAAUGAAUAAUUAAUGAAAUGAUAUUCAAUUAAAUAGAUUUCGUUUUUUUUUUUAAAUUAAUAUUAUAAAAUUAUUAUUCAUUUAGUAUAUACAUAUUAUUGUGGAUAAAUAUUAUUACAAAAAUAUUGAUAUGUUAAAAUUAAAUAAAAAAAAAAAUAUAU